UUGUGGUAUUUCCCAAAAGCCAAUUAUGAUGGCAAUCACAACCAGCCUAUUUGUAUCUUCUUUCACUCGUCAUGAUAACAGCACGAGUUUCAAAAGGAACCAACUUCGACUUUCAUUAAAAAUAUAUGGACAAGUGAACAAAAAAGGUGGCUCCAAGAGGCGGGUUAUCUUUGUGGAGGAUACAAACAAAUUGCUUGCAGACAAGUCAAUAGCAAGGAAGUGUAGCCACUGUAGACAAGUGGGUCACAACUCGAGAACUUGUCAAGACGCGUUUGUAACAACCGUGUUUUGGACAACGAGUAUAGACAGUCAGAGUACAAGAGAUCGAAGCAGUUUUGGUAAUGUUGUUUGCCAAAGAUGUAACAAUGCAGGAGUCAUCAACUGUGUUUUUUGUGAACAGAACGUGGACAGUAUUGUUUCACGUAACGAGUCCAAAAACUUGGAGAUAAUUGAGACUGAAAAAUCCUCAAGAUUGGACUCUUUCAAGGAAAAACAACUGAAAACUAGUGCUUAUUUGGCGAACAUCGGAAGAUUAUCCAGAAUGACUUACAAGUUGGAUGGCAAAACAAAAGUCGAAGUUUGUGUAAAGUGUAGUGGAACGACAUUGAUGGUUUGUCCUCGUUGUCGUGGGGAACCAAUGAGCGCAUAGCAGAAAUGUUUUCUACACAACAACAGGACGAAGAAGAACAGAGUUUGCAACAAGAAGAAGUUGCUCAAAACAUCUAUGGUUUAGGGUCGUUUGAGAGUACAGAUAGUUCGUCUUUUGAACGAGAACCCAAUAAAAAGCCUUCCACGCUAUUGGGCAAGUUUGCAAGAAGUGUUCAAGACUCGUGGAAACAGUUUUCUCAAGGUUUUGUGGAAGUUUCGCAUAAAACAGCGCUCAAGUAUCCAAGUCUAUUAUUUUUUGGAGACUCUUUAACUGAGUACUCACAACACGUCUCUUCUUCAGAAGGGAUAGGUUGGGGAGCUUUGUUGACCAACGAGUAUUCAACCAAAGCAGAAGUGAUCAUACGUGGUUUUGCUGGUUAUAAUACUCGCUGGGCACUUUAUAUGCUUCCAAAGGUCUUGCAAGCUAUAGAUCUUUCUUGUUUGAAACUGGUGGUUAUUUUUCUAGGAGCAAACGAUUGUGUGUUGCCUGAUAGCCCUCAACACGUUAGUAUUGAAGAAUAUGCAAGCAACCUAUUUAAAAUGAUCA